AGGCCUAUUUAUGGAUGUACUCGUUUUUUUUCUUUGUAAAGUGAGUGUAACUUUAUUUCAAAAGAUUAAAAAGGGGCUUUUACAUCUUCCGUUUUCCUGCAGAUCGGCAACAUCUUAUUCCUUGUCAGCCUCAUUGUGCAUUACAGUAGUAAAAAAGAUAACAAAAUCAGUAUGAAACAUAUGCUGAAGUUUGUAGAUUUGUCAAAAGUUACUCACGGAGUAAUAAAUAAAGUGCUUGGAUUUAAAAGAUAAACUACACUUGUUGUUCAAACUACAAUUUUUGGAAGAACAGUAUUUGUAAGAUCACCGUUCCAAGCCAGAUGGAAGAUAGGAAGAAUUUAAAAUGUGUUUUUCAAAAUUUUAUCUUUAACAGCUAAGCAUUCGAGCUACUGAAAAUUUAAUGCAGAACUGUGGCAAAACUGCCAUUUAGCAACAAUUUACGGUAUCUAGAAUAACCAAUGGUGAAAAGAGAGCGACAUUAAGCACACUCAAGCCUCAUUAUCCGAAAAAUAAAAAGAUCUAGCAUAGGAAACAACUAUCUGGUUCUUAUGAAACAAAGAGUGUAGUUGUAUUACUAAAAAUUUUAGAAGGGUGCAGCUAUUUAAGAAUAUAAAUAAAAUAAAGUUUUCCCAGCACUGCACUUUCACAUCAAUUAAACCGCAGUAUUUUUUUUGUUCUUAAGUUUUUAACUAGCAGUGAAUUGGUAGAGAAGGUUGGUAUGUUGUGUUUUCUGACCGUUUAUUGGCAAGUCAUUUUAUAAUGAAAUUUUGUUGGAUUCAAAGAAUUUUAGUCACAUUGCUAUUUGCCCCUCCAAAAGAGAAGAAUUUAUAGAUAGAAAACUUCAAAGCUUUGAUCUUGUCGCAGGGACUAGCUUCGGAAAAAUUCUUAAGACCUUUGAAACAGCGAAAAACUUCCCCUGAAGCUAAAAAAAUUUGUUCCUAAAAUACGACGAUAUGUUUGCUUGUAAGUUCCCCUUACUUUCUUAACUAUUGCAUCAUUUCGUUUUUUAUUGAAAAUAACUCACAAUAUGGUUCUAUUCAAAUUUCUAUAUAAUUUGGUUUUGAUCUGUACAAUAAACGACCAUCCUGUCUACUGCCUGACACACUAAACAACGAAUCAUCUUUUUAUUGUUGCCUCUCUCGGUACAACAAAUCAUCUUGUUCCUAGACUCUAGUAUGUCGGAGACGGCACACACCAAAACAUCCCACCGCCCCCCCCCCUCCCCCACUGCAAACCUCUCCUUUCCUCUCAAUCCGUCAUAUGUUCCGCGGUCCCUGGUUAGCGCUACUGUGAUCCAGGUUCCUUUUCUCCCCCUCUUGCCGCCCUCCCAACCAACGGACCACUAAAACUGCUCAUCAAUCAUUCAUCCCAUCUUUCAGAGUGAUGCGUCAAAAAGUUAUAGAUAAAAUCACUUGUGGAUGCAAGCAGAGGUGUAGAUCUAGGGGGCUGUGCCCCCUUUUUAAUGCCAAAAAGUUUGUUAAUGUCAAAUAGUUUGCUAUUGUUUUUAGAAACAUUUUACGAAGAAAUUGUUAUUGUAAUACUACAACAACCCUGGCAAUAAGCACUUUGUAAAGAAUCAAAUCAGAAAUAUAUCUGUUCUUUACAACCGCAUUUUAGCGGUCAUCGUUUUAUCUCAAAUAGAACUAAGUUUAUGAAAAUAUCCAGAAAAAGAUAUCAAUGUAAACAGCUGGAAACGCGUACGAAAACGCCCCAGUCCCCUGUUUUGAGUUCUCGGAAAAAGAGCAGGUGGAUAUGGAUAGUUUUUGUUUCGGUUGCGGAAAUCAAUCACAUGACUUUUUAAACAAAAGAAUUGAAUCAUCGGGGAUUUCUGCUUUAAGGCCUAGGGGAAGCACCAUUCAAAGGCCAAAACGUUUGCAGGAUCAAACUGGAUUUUAUUGUUGACGUUCUUACGAACAGACUGGUCGAAAUGUCUUUUGAAACCUGAUCGGCAUUGAAGUAGGCCCGAAGAAAAUAUGUCGGCUACAAGAGCUUCCAUGCUCCAGAAAGAAUGCAGUCUCUCAGACAAAGGAAAGGUAAUAAACGACCCUAUUCAUGGACCGAUGUACUUCCAUGAGAUUUUGCUGUUGUUCAUAGACACACAGCAUUUUCAACGACUGAGGGAUAUCAAACAACUGGGUGCAACGCCAUACGUCUACCCUGGUGGUGUGCAUACGAGAUUCGAGCAUUCGCUUGGUGUCUGUCAUUUGACAGGUAUUUUGUUCAAGUUUUUGAAAGAGCGAAACCCUGACUUCGCACAUUUGCUAACGGAAGAAAGACUGUUGUGUCUGGAAAUUGCCGCGCUCUGUCACGAUCUAGGCCAUGGACCAUUAUCAAGGGUAUAUCAGGACCAAUUCCUGCGGCGGCUCAAAGGUACUGAAUGGGGACACAAUGCCACAUCGGUUGCUAUCUUUGAAAGCAUUAUUCAGGAAGAUAGGGUGAAGGAAACAUUUGCAAAGUAUAACAUCCAAGCGAGUGAAAUUGAGUUCAUUAAGUGUGCUAUGGUUGGAAGAAUACCAGAUAAACAAUAUCACAAUCGCUUCCUCUACGAAAUAGUGAAAAAUCGGCGCAACGGCAUCGACUGCAAUGUAUUCGAUUCAAUCCUGAGAGAUUGCUACUAUGUUGGAGUCAAAAGUGCCUUCAACUAUCGCCGCAUCAUGGAAAAUUUCAAAAUCUGCAAGGUAAAAGACCAAAACAGGCUUUGCAUCAGAUAUAAGGAGCGGCUUGCAGUUCGCGAAUUGUACUACUCCUCCUGGGCGCUGCAGUCUCUUGUGUACACCCACAAGACAACAAGAGCUAUUGAAAUGAUGUUUGCUGAAGCUAUGUAUAAUGCAGACUCUCACUUCGAAAUAUCAGAAGCGAAAGAUAAUCCAGAAAAGCUGAUGAAGCUAUCCGACAACAUCAUUUAUCGGAUAAUGUUUGAGGAUGAUAAAGGCGACCAAAAAUUGAAAGAAGCCAAGAUGAUCCUAAAGAGAAUAAAUGAGAGAAAGCUUUACCAGUUCUGUGGUCAAACCAGUCUGCAGCCCUUAGAAGGAAAUGGUAUAAUGGAAGAUGAUGCUGUAGACUCUGGAGUUGAAGGAUCCCCAGCUGGUCAGCAGCAUGCUGUAACAUCCCGCCAACGACGAUGUAGUUUUCCUCCACGACGAUUUGAGACUCGUGAGCAUCAUCAGAUCUGCAAACAAGUAGCAAAACAGAUUGCCCAGUGGCAGAAAUUGAAGAUAGACAUCAUAGAAGAUGACAUUUUGGUGGAGGUAAUAUCAAUUGUCUAUGGGGAUGGAAAGAAUGACCCUCUGGAGAACAUUGACUUCAUCAAUAAGGAAGGGACCCUGGUUGAGAUCUCACCUGGGUCAAUGUUCCAGGAAGACCGACACUUCGUAAAAUCUUUCAACGAUCAGUAUAUACGGGUCUACUGUCGUGACGCCAGUGAUGAAGUCAAAAAGCAAGAAAUUCAGAACCGUUUUUACAAAUGGUGCUGCGAGAAAAAGUAUGAUGUGCCUAAGGAUAUGGAAAAAGUGCCGAUCGAGCACGAUGAUUCGCAAAGGAUAAGCCUCCCCCUUAGGGCCGCCCGGCAGCUUGACUUCGAUGAAGCCAAUGAAAAAAACCUUGGACUCUACCAAGUAGAUAGUAUUUAGAAAUAUUGAAACCCCAAGACCUGGAUUUAGACAUCUUGAAAAAAUAACUAGCUUUUCGUUACAAGCUACGAGUGGCGGAACCUUGGAUGGUGGGCAAGCAAGCAGCUUUUUAAUGAUACAGUUUUUGGGGCAUCAAGAGAGCCAUGGCAGCUAAAACUGCCAACUUUCUUUAUUUUAAGACACUAUUUACCUACCUUCCGUAUACGCGCAAUACGAUAAUAGAAACAAUUGAAAAUAAAGUACAAAUGCUCUAAUGAUUUCUGCUUUUUUGCAAUCUGAAAGGGUUCUCAAGAAUAAUGUUUUUAUAAGACAUGCUUGUUCACCAUGAAACUGAAUUUGAAAGUGUUGACAUCAAGAAGAUUGCUAACCGUGUUUGCCAAGUGUCUCCCAGUUUGCGAUCCCUAAAUCAAAAAUGUGCCCGACCCCUUGUGCUAUUCUCCCACCAUCAUAUAGAUUAACAUCGUGUUGAAGGUAUUCACAGACUAACGCAGUUUGAUUAACACAGAGGUAAUAAUAUGAACAACUAACUAACCUAAUACAGCAAUGCUCUUUUAUAUGUUUAUUGUAAUGUUCUAGAAGUUUCUAGAAAAGUAUUGUUCCAGAAUGUUUGAGAAAGCAGAAGUAAUUAUUAUUGCAGAAAAUAGAAAUGAGCAAAUACUACGAAUAUACUAGAAUGAUGUGAAAGAUUAAGCUAGAAUGUUCUAGAGUAUCUUGACAGUCUGGUAAGGGUGUAUAUUUCCAACACAUCGAAGUAUCCGCAACUGAACCAUAUGAUUAAUCAACCAGAUUAUUUAAAAAACGUUUAGUUUAUGCAAAUAAUACUAUAUUUUUUAUAGCCUGUCGUGUAAAGGGCAAAUGACGACUUGAUUUCUAAAAUUGUCUUUCGAAAAUAUAACUAAACAUUUAGAGAUACCAAGUGUCCCAGUCAGGUACCAUUGUCCCUAGAAUUAUGUCUCUACCUAAAGACGAACCUGCAUGUAGAAGGGCAAUCAGGUGAAUGGCAGCCAAUAGUUGGAUCGUAAAAUGUGAUGAGAUAUCCGCCUAAUUCCAGCAAUAUCACAAUUUAAUUAUUUUAGGACUAAUUGCGGCUACCACCGUGUCCUGCUAUGCAUGCUGCACCGCCCCUUUCUCAUUCAUGCAAAUAUCCAACAACCAAUUUCCCAGCUACUCAUCAUCCAGUACGACUGUUUUGUGCCAAAUAUUGUACGUACGAUAUAAUGAGUUAUAGUUUAGAUUAAACUAAAUGACUCUACAAAUAACCGUUGAAUAGAUGAUCUUCAGUUGUUUGUGAUGUUUAAUUGACUGUGAUCUGGUGAAGAUAUACUACAGAAAGAGACUGAUUAAAGUAAUGAUAUGCAUAUAUUGAGUAUGUUACUUGUUAUAAUUAUUACAUCACCGGAAGAUAUGAAUAUCUUUGUUUGCUUACGCGAUAGUCAAUUGUACGAAUUGUGACACUUGUGUUUUGUUCAAAACAAACUUGUCUAAUUUCACGAAUUUGUUCCCUGUACAAUAAAUACGUAGUUAUAAGCUGUUUUCUGUGCUUUC